GUUCGCCAAAGUUUGGGCGUGGCAUGAACAACCUCGAGACCAUCCGCCGGGGCCUCCUGAGCCUCGACGUGGGCGCGCGGCUGAAGGAGCUCUCGGAGCUCUACAAGCACGCGGACGUCUUCCUCACGCCGCAGCUGCCGCGGAUCCUCGAAGCGCUCUUCCCGGUCUUCCAGAUGAUGCUGCGCACGCAGGUCCCGCCGCAGUUUACCAACAACGACAAGAACAAGUGUCGGAAGCUCACGCUGCAGAUCCUGAACCGACUGCCGUACAACGAAGCGCUCAAGCCGUACGCGAGUCGCCUCUUGCAUCUGCUCAUGGAGGUGCUCACGGUCGACAACGUCGACAACUGCCUCAUUGCGCUCAAGACCAUCUUUGACUUGCACCGCAAUUACCGGCCAGGCCUCAAGAAUGAAGUACAACCGUUCCUGGAGCAGAGCCAGAAGAUGUACAAGAACAUUCAGCUCAUCAUGAAGAAGCAGUUCUCGGGCCCACCGGAGCCGCCGUUGGCGCCGAUCGGGACCACGCCACCGGCGACGACACCAUCGAUUAUCGAGACGACCAAGCUGGCCGUCACCGACGCGACAAGCGCGACCAAGGACGAUCCGAUGGGUGCCGACGACACGGAGGAGACCAAGGACGACGAGUCGGGCAGUAGCGCCACGCCGACGACGACCGCACCGUCGACGAGCACGGCCCACGACAGUAACAGCGACGUCGUCGUCGUCUUGUGCCAAGGCAGCGAGUCGUUCAAGACCAUGGCCGAGUUUCCUCUGAUCAUCAUGCUGCUCUUCCAGUGCUACCCCAACUACAUUGAGAACUACAUCCCGAUCCUCGUGCCGCUCAUGAUGUCGACCUUGUCGCUGCGCUGUCCGGAGCUCGCGCCCAAGUUGUACCCGUCCAAGUACGUCGACUUUCUCGACUGCCAAGUCAAGACGCUUUCGUUUGUGACGUAUUUAUUGCGCGGCUUUGCGCUGCUCAUGCGGCCCUUCCAGGACAGCAUCUGCGAAAACACGGUAAAAUUGCUCAUGGCGUGCCCGAAAGACGCGUUCGUCCUCCGAAAAGACGUGUUUGUCGCCGCGCGCCACAUCCUCUCGACGGAUUUUCGCCGGGGUUUUUACGGUCAGCUCGAGCUCCUCCUCGACGACGACGUGCUGAUCGGGAAAGGACGCUGCGCGUACUACCAGAUUCGGCCGUUGGCGUACUCGACGCUCGCCGACAUGGUGCACCACGUCCGCGACAUGCUCACGCUGCCCCAAGUGAGCAAGAUUGUGGCGUUUUACGGCAAGCGCAUCCAUGACCCGACGCUGCCCGUGCCGAUCCAGACGACCGCGAUCCGGCUUCUCCUCAACCUCGUCGACAUUAGCGCCAAGAAUGAAGACGCGGACGGCUGGCGCGGCCGCAACAUUCUCUCACGCAUCCUGCUCACGAUCGCAACCAAGUUUGGCACGACGUUGCACCAGCUGCCAAUUGUACUCUCGCUCUCGUCGACGUCGGCAACGAGCGAGAAGCUUGGCGACCCACUGGAAGGCGGCGCGAUGGACAAGAUCAAAAUGUCGGACCUCGUGCCCAAGCCGAUUGAGGUGCUCUCCGACGUCGACGCCAAGCUCAAGAGCCUCCUCUCGCCGUACGAGACGAUGCAGCAGUCGUACGUCGGCUUGCCGGAAGAGGAGCCGACGCUCCGGGACGUCAAGUCGCUCCUCCGCACGAUGAUUCUGGGUAUCCGCGCGGUCAUUUGGUGCACUGCCAACUACCGGAACCCGCAUGCGAAGGACCUGACGAGCAUGGACACGGCGGCCGGUAGCGUCGCGUCGUCCUCGGCAUCCGAGGUCGAUGCGACGCACGUGUACCCGCUCACCGACGACGAGCGCGCGUUGAUUGCCAAAGUGCUGCAGAACGGUCUGCGCUGCUUCAUUUUGUACACGCUCUCGGAGAGCUCGGUCUCGGAGGAGAAGCAGAUGCUCGACCACUUUGCGGGCGCGUUCACAGUCCUCGACGCGUCGGACUUCCGGGACCUCUUCCUCUCCAACAUGAAGCUCCUCUACGAGUGCAUUCUGCAGGACCACGCGAUCUUGACCGUGCCGCAGCACUUUUUGGCCAACGCCAACGUGAGCUGCUGGUUUGCCGAGAUCCUCCUCACGUUCCUCGUGACGCGCAUGGACGUGCUCGGUGUCGCGUGCUCGAGCGACGUGCCGGAUCUCGACCGCCACGACAAGAUUUGCUCGAUGGAGAGCCUCGUAUUUGAGCGGCUUCGGCCCGUGGCGCCGCCGCACGAAGCGUCGAUUGUCCUCCGGCUCUUCAAGAUUGUGUUUGGCUCGGUCACGCUCUUCAAGGCCAACGAGACGGCGCUGUUUCCACACCUCAAGACGAUCAUUGUGGCGUGCUUGACCAAGGCGACGCACACGACCGCACCGGACAACUACUUGCUCUUGCUGCGGGCGCUGUUUCGGUCGAUCUCGGGCGUCAAGUUUGAGAACUUUUACAAGGAAGUGCUGCCGCUGCUGCCAGGUUUGUUGUCGGCGCUCAUGCGGCUCCAGGCGCACAUCCAAAAGCCGGCGCUGCAAGACGUGCUCCUCGAGCUCUGCUUGACGAUCCCAGCGCGCCUGAGCUCGCUCUUGCAGUACUUGCCGUCGCUCAUGAAGUCGGUCGUCGCGGCCAUGCUCUCGAAAGGCGAGCUCGCAAACCUCGGGCUCCGGACGCUCGAGUACUGGGUCGACAACCUCAACCCCGACUUUUUGUACCCAAUCAUGACGUCCCAAGACCGCCUCUUGACCGAGAUCAUUGAAGCGCUCAACUCGCAUCUGCACCCGCCGCCGUACCCGUAUGGCGAGCUCGCGAUGCGAAUUCUCGGCAAAAUCGGCGGCCGCAACCGGCAGUUUACGAAUGACGUGCUCUUGGUCGAGCACCGUCGAAGCAACCUCGACGGCCUCGUGCUCAGCAUGCGUUGGGAGAAGGAGGCUUUCCUGAGUCUGCCGCUCGACGUACACGUCACGCGUGUCUGCGUGCUGCUCCGGGACUACGCCAAGCGCACGGCGUCGACCAAGCCCGAGGCGCCGGCGCCGACCGGACGCAUCGAAUCGCCGGCGGCCGACGACGACGACAGCAGCGCCAACCUCGUGCUCGAGAAGGACGAAAAAACGCUGCAGCUCGAAGCCGACACGAUCUUGCGUGUCCACGCGACGGUCUUGGCCCAAAAGAAGGAUGCUUUUGCCUUUCUCAAGCAUUCGCUGGCCGCACAGUUGCAGCUGAGCGGACUCGAUCUGGCGACGCUGUCGCAUGUGGCGGCACCGACCCCCGGCGCGGACGAUGCGGCCAAAAGCACAAUUGCCAAGGAGCUGGAAGAAGGGGUCGUGGCGAGCUGCAACUACCCGACGCCGUCGCGCGACAAGGUCGUCGCCGAGCAAGACGUGCUCAAAACCGUGCUGCGAACGCUCUGCGAGUGCGUCGCCGACGUCGACUUGGCUGGCGACGCGUGGCCUCUCUUGCGUAGCGUCUGCGUGCACGUAACAACCGUCGUCCUCUCGCGGUCGCGGCGUACACUGCCAAAUCCGGACGUGCUGCAAGGACUGCUGAAAGCCUCAAUUGUUCCGGGACCGCGCGGUUUGUCGCCAGGGCGCAUGCUGGGGACCACAGCGCGCAUUGAGACGUACCGUGAGGCGUACUAUGGGCUGCCGCUGCUAGACGAAGACGUGGUCGCGGCGCUCGAUCCCUUUGUCGUCUUUGAAGUGCUCGUUGAUGUGCUUGCCGACGCCGACGACAAGGUGGUGGCCGUCGGGUACAAAGCGCUGGACAUUGUGCUCGACGUUGUCGACGCGGUCUGCGGCGACAAGGACGACGUCGGUCAGAGCGGUGCGCUUCUCAACGGCAUUUGCGACAUUUGCACGCACGCGUGCUACGACAAGAGCUCGUGGCGCCACAAACUCGGCGGCGCGCGCGGCCUGAGUCGGCUCAUUGGCCGGCUCUCGGUCGACUGGUGCCGUGAGAACGAGCUCGGGAUCGUGCGGAGUUUGCUCUUUGUCCUCGCCGACCACCCGUCCGAAGUGACGGCCGGUGUCAGCGAAGAGGCUGGCGCGACGUUCCUCGCACUGCUGCACAAGUGCCACGCGCCGUUUGUGCCCAAGCUGGACGACAUUGACAUGCUCGACGACCUCAUCGAAGAGACAACGCCGUUGGACCUCGGCGGUUCGCUUGGCGCGGCGCCCGUGGCCAUGCUCUCGGACUACAACACGGAGGUGUUCUUGCUUCUCGUCUCGGAGCUCUUGAGCUCGAGCGCGUCGGUGCGCAAGUUUGCAAAAGAUGCGGUCGACGUGUUUGCCACGUGCACGGGCGGCUCGGUCUCGGCGCUGCUCCGGCCGUACCAGCUCGUGCUCGCCAAGCAGAUCAUGGGCACAAGUCUGCGCCUCUUGCCGCUCGGGACGCGGUCCGGGUACAUUGAUGGCAUGGCGUACUGCCUCUCGCUCUCGCCGCCGCUCUUCUCGCUCAACAAGGACCUGCUCAUCUUUCUCCAAGAAGUCUGGAGUCUUGUCUCGGAAGACGGGUCGGGGUCGUCGUCGCCAACGUCCGAAGCGUCGUCGCCGGCGUCGACGCUCCCGACGCUAAGCGAAAACUUGAGCGGCUCCGAGUACCCGUUCGGGCUCUCGCAAAUGUGCCAGCUGCGCAUCGCAGCGAUUCAGCUCCUGCGCGCGGCGUUCGUGAACGACGACCUCCUCACGCAGCACCAGGACGCGCGGAAUCGGUUUGUAGGUGUCUUCUUCAAGUACCUCACGGGCCAGCCGACAGCGCUGCUCGACGUGGCGCAGCAAGCCCUCACGGAUGUCAUCUUGAUGAACAAGCGCACGAACGAGCGGUCGCUACCGAAAGAGCUGCUUCAGCAGUGCCUUCGCCCGGUGCUUUUGAACCUCGCCGACUACCGCAAGCUCACGAUCCCGCUGCUGGAAGGUCUCGGGCGCCUCCUCGGUCUCCUGAGCAGCUGCUUCAACGUUACGCUCGGUGAGAAGCUCCUCGAGCACCUCCGGCAGUGGCGCGACCCCGACCGCAUCAUCAAGGCGGGCAUCUGGAAGCGCGGUGACGAGCCCAACGUGGCAGCGGCGAUCGUCGACUUGUUUCAUUUGCUGCCGCCGUCCGACACGUUCCUAGAGCCGCUUGUUUCGUGCGUUGUGGAGCUCGAGGGCGUCUUGCCCAAGUAUGGCAGCUUUGGGAAGCUCAGCUCGCCGUACCGUGUGCCGUUGGUGCGCUUCUUAAACCGGUACGCGGCGCAGGCGGUCACGUUCUUCUUGACGCGCGACCGGCUCGUCGAGUCGACGUACUCGGCGCUCUUCCAGCAGCUCGUCAAGCUCCCAAUGGCAUCGCCACUGCGCGCGGUUUUGACGUCGGACGCGGGCACGGACGCGAUCAUCGCUGCCACGUUUGCCCACGCGCUCAAGUCGCCGGUGCCGUCGCCCGCCCCAGAAGUCGACGACGACGUCAAGCUCCAGGCGCAGAUUCAGGUGCAGGCGGCCAAAGCAGCGUCGCAAGCGAUUGCGGCGGCGAACGCCCAAGGCCUCUCGGCGUCGGCGGCCGAGCAAAAAGGAAAAUUGGCUCGCGCCGCGUUUCUCGCGAAGGCCGCGCCCGUGAUGAAGAGCCCGACGCAGGUGCAGAUCCAGGCGACGGCACAGAAGCUCCAUGCGCAGACGCUCGCGGCGGCGCAGGCCCAAGGUCUCUCGCUCGUCCAGGCGCAGGCGCGCGCGCAGCAGGUGAUGAAGGACUACAUUGCCAAGCAUUUGCAGAUGCCGCCCAUGCCAAUGAGUCUGCCGAGCGCGAUGACGACGCAGCAGGCGCAGCUCCAGGCGCAGAUCCAAGUGAACGCGCAAAAGGUGCACGCACAAGCCCUCGCGACGGCCAAGGCCCAAGGGCUCAAGCUCGCGGACGCGCAGGAGCGCGCCAAGCAAGCCCAGUCGCAGUACGUGCAGGUGGCCAAGCAGCAGGCGCAGGCCAAGAUGGCGCGGCAGCUCUCGGCGUCGCCCGCGCUCGUCUCGCCGAGCAGCAGCAUGAGCAGCCCCGUGCCAAGCAGCGUCAGUGCGCAGUACGCGACCAAGCCGCAGCUCGAAGCCCUCGAAUUGCACUACCAAGGCCUCCGGCUCGUGCGCUCGCUGUGCAAGCUUGAGCCGCACUGGCUCGCAUCCGCGUCCAACGGGAUGGUCGAGUGCAUUCAAAAGCUGUGGAAGUCGCCGACGCGCGUCCAGCGGCUCCAGGCACAAGACCGACUGCCGAUCCGGUACCAUCUCGAGUCGAAGCUGCUCGUCAAGGUGCUCAUCCAGUACUGUCGCGCCAAGCCCGACGACGUGCAAGUGCUCUUGGAUCUGCUGCCCGUGUUUUUGCAUCCGACGUCGUUUGACUUUACGUUUCUCCGAGCGUUCUACCGCGACGAAGUGGCCGCGAAGUACGCACCGUCCCACAAACGCGCGAUUGUUCACCUCUUCCUCGGCAUGCUGCGCGACCAAGCCGCGACCGAAGAGCUCAAGGUGCAUGCGAUCCAGCUGCUCAUCAUGCCGCUACUGCACACGUCGUUUGACGACCCGAACACGAACAACGCCGACGUGAUGGACCCGGACGCUGUCAUGCUCAUGCUCCGGGAGAUCCUCGCGAGCAAGGACUACCCGCAAGACACGUUCCAGGCGCUGCGCAUCGAGCUGCUCAAGCUCGGCACGCUAUUGAUCCAGCACAUGAGCCGGUACGUGACGGACCACCGAAAAGAAGUGAUCAAGUUUGCGUGGAACCAUCUCAAAGCACAAGACCUCACGUCCAAGCUCUGGGCCUACGUGAACGUGUGUCGGUUCAUUUCCGUGUACGACACGCCGCCGAAGAUUGUGCUGCAAGUGUACGUGGCGCUCCUCCGGACGUACGAGCUCGACUCGCGCUUCCUCGUGCGCAAAGCGUUUGACAUUUUGCUGCCGGCGCUGCCGACGCGGCUCCCGCCCCACGAGUUUAUCAAGGCGAUCAAGUGGACCAAGAAGAUUGCGUUCGAAGAAGGGCACAUUUUGCAGCAGUUGGUGCACAUUUGGUACCUCGUCGUGCGCCAGCCGUCGCUCUUUUACCCGUUCCGCGGGCAGUUUAUCCCGCUGAUGGUCAACUCACUCAACCGGCUCGCGAUUCCGCCGAGCAGCACGCAGGACAACCGGCGGCUCGCGGUCUCGGUCGUCGACCUGGUGAUUGCGUGGGAGCUCACGCGGCGCCAGCGCGUCUCGGACAAGGCGCCGGCGUCGAAAAAACGCGCGGCGUCCGACGCGGAGGCGGCUACGAGUGACGGCAGCAGUGACAAGCGUCAAAAGGUGGGCGAGACGUUUGUGCCGGGCGCGCCGACCGAGACGACGACCGAAGCCGAAGCCGUGCUCUUGAACGAAGACGACUUUGAGCUCACGGGCGCCAUGACGGACCUCAUCGUCAACUUUGCAUUCCGCUUUGCACUCGCGUGCGCCGACAAGCAAGAGACGAACCGGCUCUCGAAAACGUGCGGCGAGCUCUUUCACCGCGCGCUGCACCUCUGGCCGUCGGCGUCGAUCCGGUUCUCGUACUUUGACAAGCUCAUUGCGGUGACGGCCGAGGUGAUCAUUCUGCACGCAAAGGCGCCGCCGCCAUCGGACGCGCCGGCAACGUCGAUGCCGUCGUUUCUGAGCGUGCACAAGUCGGCGCCGCUGGCGUCGCUCGCGAUCCUGAACGCGGUUCUGGGCAUUUUGAACACGCUCAUCUCGCCGCAGGUCAUCGCGCAGUCGAACCGACCGGUCCCGUACGUGGUGCAGUACGCGCCGCGCAUCAUGAAGCUGCUCGAGCCGUGCUUUGACCGCCAGCACAACGACGUGCAGCAUCAACUGACGCAGUACCUCAAGCAUAUGAUCGAGUUGUACCCGCCAGAGAAGGCGCCGCCGCAGCUCGUCGCGUGUAAAUUUUACACGUGGCUGCGGGAUAUUUUGAACGAACGCUUGCUCAAGGCCGCGGCCGUGCCGAGUGACGCGCCGCUGUCGACGCCAACGACGAAUAUCAGCAGCCCGAGCACGAGCAAGGCCAAGCCGCCGACGCCGGACGCGGCGCUCUUGUCGUCGCCGGCGACGUCGAGUCAGAGCGCGCUCAACCCGAUGAUCAACCAUGAAGCCGCGCGCAUGCGGCAGCUGUUUGCCAACUCGCCAAGCGCAUCGGCCGCGUCGGCGCGGCUGAGCAGUCCCGGCGCGUACAUGCUCAAGCUCCUCAGUGAGUUGGCGCCGGCGUCGACAAAGUUCAUCGAUUUGUUUGCACCGUCGCUCAUCAAGCUUGCGCAGCGCCUCACAAAGGAGCAUCUGCAGCACGUCGUUUCGAUCGCCAAGCCGGCGUCUUCGCUCGAAGGCUCGAUCGGCGGGACGGACGUCGGUGUCUCGGCGGGCGCGCAUGCAAAGGACCGCGUCAUGGCGACGCCGAGCCUCGCGAUUGCGCACGAGUACGCGCAGCUCGCGACCGGUCGGUCGUCGCUGACGGUCAACAACACGGUGCGGACCAAGAAGACCAAGGACGAAGCGGGUGGGAACGCUGCGAAGAAGAAGAAGGCAGCGGCGGCCGUCAAUAGCCCGAAAGAUGCGAAAUCUACAAAGGCGACGCCGGUCUUGCCCAAGUCGAAGCGCCCGAUCGGCGUCCCUGCGUCGACAAUUGCGGGCCGGAAGGUGUACAUGGACAUGCUCAUUUCGUGCUUCAAGCUCCUCGCGCUGUGCACGUUCGAGUCGAGCGAGCUCGCGCGCAUGUUUGUGCACCUCAUGUCGCACUGCCUCGAGCACUCGAGCCACAUUCCGCUGCUCUUGAGCAUCACCAAAAUCGUGGCCAAGAUGGUCAAGGACGACGCGUCGUCGGUGUUUACGAUCAAGGACAAGGUCGCGCUCUUGAGUAAGAUGGCGACAUUUGACCGCCUCCACGAGAUCUCGGCGCAGCCGCUCUUGGCCGAGUACCACGACCUCGUGCUCAGCAUCUGCGCGACGUCCGAUACGAACCCGCUGUACGCCAGCGUCCACGGCGCGGCGACGACGGGCCUUCUCGCGAGCGACGUGGCGCUCCGGCGGCAGUUCUUUGCGCACUUUGCCAAGGCCAGUGGCGACUCGACGACGUCCAAGCUCAAGUACAUCCUCGAGCACGACUGGCAGGCGUGCGGUACCCGGUUCUGGCCCGUCGUCGCGGUCAAGUUGCUCUUGACGAGCGUCUCGGUGACAGCGCCGAUCGCGACAACCGGCGCGCCGCUGCCGGCGCUGACCACGGGCGACGCGGCCAACGCAGCGCUUGUGGCGAUGCCGCUCUGGGCCGACCACCUCGUGGUGCUUGCCAGCUGGCGCGAGUGCAGCAGCAACGACUUGCUCUCGCCGCUCUGCAGCCUCGUGCAUGUGGACUUGGACAUGGCGAACGCGCUGUGGGCGUCGGUGUUUCCGCAGGCGUGGACGCUUCUCAACCCGAUGGACCUCAUGGGCCCGACGCAGAACCUCUUGCGGCUGCUCUCGAUGCGCUACCAUCGGCGCGAGCUCCGACUGCCGCUGGCGACCGCGCGGCGCCACAACGUGGUGCAGACGCUCAUGGAUGGCAUUGCUCUGGCGUACCCGAUGCCCGUGUUUACGGCCGAGCUGCUCUUAUACCUUGCGAACACGUACAACGUGUGGGGCCAGGUGUGCCGCAUCGCCGAGUACAUGGUAUUGAGUCCGACGACGCUGCUUGAAGACCGCGAGCGCUGGGUCGAUGUGCUCCACGGCAUCUACGCGGAGCUGCACGAGCUCGACUGGCAGGUCGGUCUCAACGUGCAGGCGUGCAUCAAGCCCGAGACGCGCAUGGCGCUGCAUUUGCAGGCGCAAGGCUAUUUGCACGAGGCCCAGGACGUGUAUUUUCAGGCGCUGUCGCAGACGUCGAAGCAGCUCAAGAUCGAGUCGAGUGCGUUUGAGCUCAAGGUGCUCGAGACGCAGUGGGUGAGCUGCGUCAACCACCUCUGCCAAUGGCCGCUGCUGCACGACUUUGCCAAGGCGACGCAGAACCAAGAGCUCUUGCUCGACUGCUGCUGGAAGCGCGGCGACUGGACGACCGCCAAGCAACUCUUGCAUGCGUCGUCGAUCCAGGCUGCGUCCGAGGCCGGGUCGCCGUCCGUGCGGCUCAAGAAGCUCUACAUUGCGAUCCUCGACGGCGACAAGAAGCCGCAGAUGGACAGUUUGAGUUCGCAGAUGGUCGACAUGGCGUUGCACCAGUGGCAAGGUCUGCCCCGGCUCCUCUCGAACGCGCACAUUCCGCUGCUGCACCUCUUUCAGCAGUUUGUCGAAGCCAAGGAGUCGAUCGCGAUGAUGGCCGAGAUCAAGGCGGCGAGCGCCGCGCACACGCUCCCGAACCUCAAGCCGAGCAUCAAUACGUGGCGUGAGCGGCUGCCCAACAAGCACGAACCGAUUUUGCUCUGGGACGACAUUCUCACGUGGCGGUCCCACAUGUUUGCCGUCAUCAAGACGACGUUCAGCUGGAGCGACGCGCAGCUGCUCGCGUGUUUGCAUGACUCGCCGUGGUCGAUCGUCAAGAUGGCGCACACGGCGCGCAAGCAGCAGCUGCCCGACGUGUGUUUGCAUGCGCUCUCGACGCUCUAUACGAUUCCGGCCAUGGACGUCCAGGACGCGUUCUCCAAGCUGCGCGAGCAAGUGAGCAUUUGCUACGAGACGACCAAGGAGUUUAAGGGCGGGUUGAGUCUCCUCAACAACACCAACCUGGACUACUUCGACGCGCGCCAAAAAGCCGAGCUCUUCCGGCUCAAAGGUCUCUUUCUCGACGCGCUCGGCGAUAAGAGCGACGCCAACAUGGCCUUCUCGCACAGUCUGCAGCUCUGCGACAGCUACGGCAAGGGCUGGCUGAGCUGGGGCCAAUAUUGCGACGCGCUCUUCACGGAGCGCAAGGACCUCGACUUUGCCGCGCAGACGAUUGCGUGCUACCUCCAGGCCGUGCACCACCGGUCAUCCUCGGCGCGUUUGUACCUCGCGCGCGUGCUCUGGCUGCUCAGCAUGGACAACGAAAAAGGCGUGCUCAUUCAAGCGUUUGAGGCCCACGGCAAGCAGCUUCCGAUCUGGAUCUGGAUCGUGUGGAUCCCGCAGCUGCUCAUGUCGCUCUGCCGGCCCGAAGCGCCGCAGAUUCGCAAUCUCUUGCGCGGGCUCUCGGCCAAGUUUCCGCAAGCGCUGUACUACACGAUGCGCGCGUUCUUUCUCGAAAACCGCGAGCUCCUCUCGAUGGACAAGGACAAGCUGCUGGCUUCAGCGCCGCCAACGCCGCUCGCUUCGACCGCCACGACCCCGAAAGCAACGGGCUUCAACGCCAGUACCGGCGACGUGGUGUACUUUCGCACGAAAUCGGGUCAUGUGGUCGCUGUGCCUAUGGCGCACGAACACGUGGCCGAGAUCCCGGGCCUUGUCGGCGCGAGCCGGGCGACGCCGUCCUUCUUUGGUCCCGCGACGCCCGUGCUGACGCUCGACGCGUGGCUCGAAAAGGUCGCGGGCGGCGAGCUGCUCAAGGCGGACGUGAGUCCGCUCCAGUACACGGAAGAUCUGCUCAACUUUCUCCGGCGGUCGCACGACGGGCUCGCGUUCGAGAUGGAGUGCGUCCUCGAAGAGAUGAUUGUCCGCUUCCGCCCCGAGCCCGAGGAGGAGCUCUUGACGGCCGUGCACGCACUCUUGCUCAAGUGCUACCAGCUGCCGAGCUUUGCCAAGCACGAGGCCGUGCCCAAGAUGCUCCGCGACACGCUCAGCCGCGUCUGCAACAAAUUCUUCAUUCUGCAGCCGCACCAAAAGAGCGAGAAGCACCUCGCGUUCGUGGCAGAGUUCAAGGGCCCGUUCGAAACCAACUUUAUGCUGCCCGACGUCGACGACGACGAGACCAAGGACGUCGACGGCGCGACGAGCACGCUCUCGGACGUCAUGGACCGCCUCAAGCUGUGGAAACACCUCUUGCAGCUGCGCGUCAAGCGGUACGGCAAGCGCAACGCCGACAAGGUGUUCCUCGAGCACAGCAGCCGGCACCUCGCCGAGCUGCGGCAAACCGCGGUCGAGAUUCCGGGGCAGUACCUCACCAACGCCGAGCCCAUCAAGGAGCUCCACGCGCGGCUUGCGUACUUCGACUCGACUACCGACGUGCUGCUGCGCAACGGGUACACGCAGCGGCGCGUGACGCUCGGCGGCAACAACGGCAAGCACUACUCGUUCUUGGUGCAGUAUGCGAUGACGUACAUUACGCGCUGCGACGAGCGCAUGAUGCAGAUGCACUUGCUCAUGAACCGGCUCUUGCUGCGGCACAAGGAAACCAAGCAGCGCCACCUCGUGUUUCACAUCCCCAAGGUCAUCCCGCUCACGCCGCGCGUCCGCUUGAUGGAAGACAAUGUCGACCACGUGUCGCUGGGCGAGGUCUACGAGCUCGAGUGUGCGCUGCAGAAGAAGGACCCGGACUUUCCCGUCGAGCUCUACCGCCGCAAGAUCAGCCAAGUGGAAGAAAACAUGGCCAACAUGAAGCUCGCGAUUUACAACGAGAUUUGCGACCAGCACGUGUCGGAGCACCUUUUGGCCAAGUAUCUGCACCGGACCGUGCCCCACUACGACGACCUCUUCCAGUUUCGGUCGGUGUUUACGGCGCACUUGGCGCUCACGUCGUUCCUGACGCACAUUCUGCACGUCGGCGAGCGCACGCCGCACAAGACGGUCUUCUCGCGUGCGACCGGCCGCGUCCUCAGCUGCGAGUUGCGCCCGAAUUACGCGGCGAGCGGCAUUGUCGAGGCCAGCUGCGUCAUGCCCUUCCGCCUCACGCGCAACUUGCAGGCGUUCCUGACCUCCAACGGCGUCGAGGGGCCGUUCACGAUUGCGAUCGCGGCGGUCGCGCAGGCGCUGCUCAGCGACGGCCACGAGAAGAUCACGAGCAACCAGCUCAGCCUCUUCUUCCGCGACGACCUCCUCUCGUGGCAUACGAGCAAGACCAAGAGCCGCCUCGAGCACACGCACGCCGAGACGCACCGCCGCAUGAUGGCCGAGAACCAAGUCAAGCAGCGCGUCGACGCCAACGUCAAGGUCGUCACCGACCGCAUUGCGGCGCUCGCACCGAAACCCGCGCGCCAAAUGACGCCGUCGGCGCCCACCGCGGUCCAAGAGCUCAUCGCGUCAGCCACCAACACGGAGGCGCUCUCGCAGAUCUACCCGACGUGGUUUCCGUGGCUCUAAUCGUGUGCUUGUGUACAUCUAUCUAUCUAUAAUACAUGGCUUUGCAUCAUUUCGGAUAUAUCUAUCCAUCUAUCCA